AUGAAUGUGAUUCGAACAAUGGUAGAGGAGAACAUAGCGAGUGCCCUCAUCUUGGAAGACGAUGCAGACUGGGACGUGCGGUUAAAAGACCAGCUCGAUUCAAUCUCGCAGGGGACGCAACUGUUGCUCGAAAGAGCCCACACAGAACCUGAUUUCGUCUCAAAGCUCAAUCCUAAAACUAGAAAAUGGGACGAGAUCACUUCACCGUACGGAGACGGUUGGGAUAUCCUAUGGCUAGGGCAUUGCGGCGAGACCUUUCCCGAGCGGAUCCCAGGCCACCACGAGAUUUACAACCUGUCCUCGGCACGAUACACGUACUACGCGUUGAAUGACGACGAGACCCUCCCAAGCGACCCCAAGGACAUCACCGAGACUUGGAUCGGCCUUGAACACACAAGCGACAAGUACCGCGGGACACGAUGGGUGCAUUUCAGCGGCGGUCCAACCUGCAGCCAGGCAUACGCACUGUCACAAGCCGGCGCAAGGAAAGUCUUGCACGCGCUCAGCGUCGGCGGCACGUUGAUCGAGCAGCUGGACAACGCAAUGAGCCACCUCUGCCGCGACCACACGCCAUGGGACAACCCGGACGACGUGGAUGGCCCGCCUGGUUAUCCGGGUGCCAACAUGCGGUGUCUGAGCGUCAACCCGCCCCUGUUCUCUCAGCACAAGCCGCGCGGGCGCAAGGCGGCGGGCUCUGACAUUGAGACCGUGGAGGAUGGGGAUGGCAUCCGGGAGGUGGGAGAAUCGCCGAAUCUGGUGUGGAGCGCUAGGUUGAAUGUCCAUAAUCUUCUGCAUGGGAGGCCGAUGGAGGACCAGUUCGCGAAGCGCCAGGAAGGGAUUUCCAAGGAACAAUGA